AUGGAUAAGUCCAAGGCACCCCCCCUUCAAAAUCUUUCUUUAGCGUCUCGGCCCUUGACGUCUCACUCCAUCGCCUGGUCUUGUGAUGCAGAGCUUGCCAUUGCCACCCUCGAAGGCAUUCACAUAUUUCUCCCCGAGUACCCGCGCAGCAGCGGCGGCGAUGGCGGGGAGAAGCCUCCCUCCGAGCGGUAUGCCACGUCGCCGCAGUUCCCCCUCUUCAUGCAGACCUCGGGUUCGCUGCGCCCAGACCCCGCCAUCAACGCGCCGCUUUGUCGCUUUGCCGGUGUGCAGGACUUGCCGCCGCCGCCGCCGGUGUCGGGCGGUGCCGACGGUGGUACCGGCGGCUUCCCGGGCGUCGGAAGCGGCAAGAUUACCGGGGCAGGGGCCUCGCUCGGCCAGAUCAUACGCGUCGAAUGGUCGCCCAGCGGGCUGGGGAGCAACCUGCGUCCCGUGCUGGCCGCGCUGACCGGCCACGGCGCCAUCACCUGCUUCGGCGAGUAUCUCGACCUGCGCAAGGGCGCACCGUCCACGGCGCAGGUGCGCUCGUUUAAAAACUGGCGUACUCUCUGGGGCCUGGGUGCGCAGCUGCCUCUGCCGGUUGUUGGAGAGACGCGACGCAAAGAGCUCAGCGCGGAUGUCCAGAUUAUGGAUGAGCGCAUCACGGCCUUUUCCUGGGCUCAGGAAAUUCUGCCGGGCAGAGCGCUGCUAGCGUAUCGAACCGAUGAAAAAGACGUGGUCAUCAUGGCGGUGCAGUUUUAUAGUCGCGAGAGUGCACCGGACGAGAAAGGCUGGGAUAUUCGCGAGGUUGCGAGGUUUGCGGCCCGCGGUCCGCACGUGGCAAUGGACGUUCUAGACCCUGAUUUUGUAUCGUCUGGUUCCGCAUUUUCUCUGAAAUGGAGUCCAUGGGUUUCGCAUCAAGGAACGCAAAUUGCUGCCUUAUCCUACAUCGCAGACAAUUAUGUCGGAUUCCGACGAGUUAUUAUUAGAGGGACCUGGGAGCAGGGUGAAAUGCCACCCGUAACGGUAGACGAACACGAUUUCAAAAGCAUUUGCUUAUAUCUGUCGACCGAUGCUUUCCUCGAAUGGGAGAAUAGACCUUUGAGCGAUGAUGGCGUUCUCAUCAUGCGAGGUAUUAUUGCUUCGCCAUUUAUCCCCUACCCUUUCCAGAUCCCGCUCCUGGAGUCGCUGAGCGCCGCCAUACCCCGGCACAGGACAAGCCUGUGCUCAACUACACAUCCAAACCAAGAGAUUCCAACGAAUCCUAUUACCGGUCUCGUCAUCCACCAUGUCGACCCUUCCUCAAGACAACUAGCACCACAUUACUCACUCGUGCGGCAGUCUUGCACGGCCACUAACCAAGACUGGUUCCAAACGAACCUACCCGAGGAUGAAGCACCCAUCCCACAAUGGGCCGAAGACUUGGGGCAGAGAACCGUCCGACUAAUCCCUCUCAUCCGAGCUCUGCAGGGCAAAGAUAUCGACUCCGACUACGACUCCGAGUCCGACGACAUUGACACGGAGCCCGACGCCGGCGGUCUCGAAAAUCUCGACGGCCGAGGGCUUGCCGCAGGUUCCGUCGCGGACAGCGACGUGCAGAUACAGGAAGUGCCCGAAAGCACCGAGGAGCGCCAGGUGCACCCGCGCCGCUUCCGACUCUGGGGCCUCGCCGCCUCGCCGGGCGACGGGUGUACCGCGGCCGUCGUGACUAAGUACAAUACGCAGCACCCGAGCCGCCGCGACCGCGCCGAGGUCAUGUUUGGCUGGCACGUGUCCGAGGAGCCGGCGGUGGCAGGAAAAAAGCCCGCCGCGGUAUCGCUGCUGCCGGCCCGGGCGACAACGGAAGCGCGUGUCUGGGAGUGGAUGUACGGGCGCGGCCCCCCCGUCCGCGGCACCACGCACCCGACGGACAGUUUUCCGCUCGCCAGCCACGGGACCACGGUGCGCCGGCAAUUCCAAUCUGUGCUCCCGCGCAUCCGCUGCGUCUUUUGCGACGCGGAGAUGCGGGAAGAGGGCGCUGAGGCCGUCUGCGCCAACGGCCACUCCUUUGCAACCUGUGGCUCGUCAGGUAUGCCCAUCAUGGCGCCGGGAAUCUCUCGCGUCUGCGCCGUCUGCGGUAUGCGCUGCCUGCAGGUGUCUGAGCUGCACAGGCUGGCCAAGGAGCACCUUGGCCACGACAUGACCCUCGACGUGCAUGCUGAGAUUUGCGGCGGCUGCGGCGGCAAGUUCAUCAGUUGA